UAACAUGGCUGGGAAACAUAUGUUUGUUUUAUGUGAACUACUGCUUUUCAUUUUAAUCCAGAGGACUGUGUCUGUUAACGAGGAAGAGCUCCAUGCCAGUUAUUGGAACAACAAAGGGAAGCAAGCGCUUCACACUGCCCUCAACAUUCAGCCUAAUCUCCACCAAGCCAAGAACAUCAUCCUCUUCUUGGGAGACGGUAUGGGAGUAACAACAGUAACUGCUGCUCGCAUUCUCAAAGGCCAAAUGGCAGGGAAGUUUGGUGAAGAGACUAGUCUGGUCAUGGAUACCUUCCCUCACCUGGCAUUGUCCAAGACAUACAAUGUUGACAAACAAAUGCCAGACAGUGCUGGCACAGCCACUGCAUACCUAUGUGGUGUGAAGGCUAACUAUGGCACCCUGGGAGUCACUGCCGCAACCCCAAGAUACAAUUGCAGUGCCACCUACGGAAAUGAAGUCAAAUCUGUGCUGUAUCGGGCCAAGAAAGCAGGAAAAUCAGUUGGGAUUGUGACUACAACCCGAGUGCAGCAUGCAUCUCCAGGUGCAAACUAUGCUCAUACUGCCAACCGAGGUUGGUACGCGGAUUCGGAUCUCAGCCCUGAGGCCGUCACAAAUGGCUGUCGCGAUAUCGCAUACCAGCUUGUUCACAACGUUGAGAUAGAUGUCAUACUUGGGGGCGGCCGAGUUUACAUGUUUCCCAAAAACAUGCAAGACCCAGAAUAUCCCAAAAUUAAAGGAGAUCGAAUUGACGGACAAAACCUUAUUGUUGAGUGGCUAAAGACGAAAAAGAAAGCGAAAUAUGUUUGGAACAAAAAGGAAUUUGAUAAUGUCAAUCCUGUGAAUACAGACUUCCUGAUGGGUCUUUUUGAGCCCAAGGACUGUCGCUAUGAGAUGGAGCGCAAUCCGUUAACAGAUCCAUCUUUAACUGAGAUGAUGGAGAAAGCCAUUAAGAUUCUUAGCAAAAACCCAAAAGGAUAUUUCCUUUUCGUGGAAGGGGGAAGAAUAGACCAUGGACACCACGCCGGGAGGGCCAAAAGAGCUCUCACGGAGGCUAUUGAGUUCGAUCGAGCCAUCGGGCGAGCAGCCGAACUCACAAACGAGCUGGACACCCUGUCAAUAGUCACUGCAGACCACUCACAUGUCUUCUCCUUUGGAGGACAUUCACCCAGGGGAAAUCCCGUUUUCGGGAUUUCUAACGAGAUUGCUGAUGACGACAAGCACUUUACUAUUGCUGGAUAUGCAAACGGUCCAGGAUACCAGUUUUCCAACGGAACUCGCCCAGAUGUAAACGAGACAAUUUCAAUGGAUGAUGGAUACAGACAACAGGCGACAGUCCCUCUUGAUUCAGAGACCCACAGCAUCGAGGAUGUAGCCAUCUAUGCCAAAGGUCCAAUGUCACACCUUUUCCAUGGGGUCCACGAACAGAACUACAUUGCCCAUGUGAUGGCAUACGCUGCUUGUCUGCCACCUUACGAGAACUGCAGCCUUACUCCUCCCAACUAUGCUGGAUCUUCCUACCCCAACCUGCUGCUCCUCCUUAUUGGCCUGAUCGUUUUCUCUGUCUUCUCAUUGUAAUUGUGACUGACAUUACCUGUUAUUCUAAUAAUGUUAUCGAAAAACGGCUCUCUAUCGUGGUAAAAGCCGCUACAGAUGCCAUUUCAAGUAAUGUUGUAUUUAUUGACAGUUUAUUGAUCGUGUGUUGUGCCAUUUAACAUUGAUGUCAAUGUGGCCUGAAGCCAUUGCUUUUAGUAGACUUUUUUUUCAUCUGAAAGAAUUGUAAUUAUGUUUCUGCACAUUUUGAGUAACCUGCUAUAUCGUGUUCUAUAACGCAGGGGUCUCAUCUCAAUUUACCUUGGGGACGCUGGAGGCAGAAUAAGCCUGGGCAACAGA